AUGUAUGGGCUCCCUUACAUUCCACGACUCUUCUCUUUCCGCACUGACUAUUAUGGUGUUGUUGGCACGUGGGUGGAGAUCGAAGGAGUCAGGCAGGAGUCGGAGAUAUCGGAGCAGGAGCAGGAGUAUAUCGAAUGGUGUCUAUUCGUAAACAACUUGAAAAAGACUGUAGAGGGAAAAGUGAGCGAUGGUGACUUGAAAGGAGCUGCACGUUUGCUUUUUUCAACUGACGUGCUGUCUGUGGACUCGACUGAAACUCUUUCGGCUCUACAAGACAAACACCCGUCCGCCCCAGCAACACCAUACUUCCUAGAUCCGCCCACAGAACCCUACGUGUGCCUACAAGUUCAGGAUAAAGACACAAAAAAUGCAAUUCUUUCGUUCAAAACGGGUUCUGCAGCGGGCCUCGACGGGUUAUCCCCACAACACCUGAAAGAUUUAACCUCACACUGCGUCGGCGAUACAGGCAAACGCCUCAUUAUCGCACUCACCAAACUUGUCAACCUCAUGCUUUCUGGAAAAGUCAACCCCCUCUUUGAACCCAUUAUUUAUGGUGCAAAUCUUAUAGCUCUCACAAAAAAAGAUGGGGGAAUCAGGCCCAUUGCUGUUGGUUCAACAUUUCGGCGUUUAACUUCCAAAAUUUCCGUCCGACACGUACUUUCUAAAUUGCAAAAACAAUUUGAACCGGUACAACUUGGUUUUGGUACUAAAGGAGGGUGCGAAGCCGCCGUCCAUGCCCUCCGCACCUGCCUGAUCAAUGACCAGUGUGAGGUUCUUCUAAAAAUUGACGUCAAAAAUGCCUUCAACUCUCUCAAUAGGGACGCCCUGCUUGCAGAAGUCAACAACCACGCUCCGGAACUUUAUAACUAUUUAUUAAAUUGCUAUGCAAAUCCUUCAAAAUUACUGUACAAAAAUCACGAAAUUUCCUCCGAAGUUGGCUGCCAGCAAGGCGACCCUCUCGGACCAGCCAUCUUCAGUUUAGCUAUCAAUCCAGUUGUUCAAAACCUGAAUUCAAAAUUUAACGUUUGGUACUUGGAUGAUGGUACCCUAGGAGGUGAUGUAAACACAGUACUUGCUGACCUUUCGGAAAUAAUAAAUAAAUUUAAGCUAAUAGGAUUGGAAUUGAAUUGUGAAAAGUGCGAAUUAUAUUUAAACCGUUAUAAUCCCGACAUCGUACAAAAAUUUCAAGCCAUCACUCCCAAUAUAAAAGUAGUCAGCAAGGACUCACUAAACCUCCUAGGGUCACCAAUUUUCGAAGAAGCCAUUCCCAGCAUUACUACAAACGCGAUUACUAAAUUCAAAAACUGCGCCGAUCGCUUGCUCGAAAUCGAUUCCCAUUCCGCUCUGACUAUUCUAAAAUUUUGCCUUUUUGUACCAAAAUUUACUUACUUGCUACGCUGCUGUCCAUUUUGGAAACACCAAAACUCCUUAUUAUCGAUUGACAACCUUAUUAGAUCUUCCUUAGAAUCCGUUCUAAAUAUACAGCUUAGCGAGCAUUCUUGGAACCAGGCGUCCCUGCCCAUCAGAUUCGGCGGGCUGGCUCUGACGGCCCUGCGCGCGCACGGCUUCUCGCAGUUGCAGAACAAGAAUCCGGCCAGUGGCUGCAUGCCUAUCCCUCCCCCCCCACUGGUACAUAUCUAGAGCCGGAUACUUUACGUUUAGCCGUAAGUCUUAGAUUAGGGGUAAAGGUCUGCGCCCCCCACAGAUGCCCCUGCGGCGCAACCGUCGAUGUGCUUGGACACCACGGCCUUUCUUGUCAAUUAAGCGCUG